UCUGGCAGCAAGAACGCUUCUUUUUUUUUUUCUGUUUUGUCAUGAUUUAGCUUGUUCUUUUGGCUUAUCUUUUGAUCAUCAAUGUGAUCUUUUCGUGUUUGUGUGUCUUUGUUUGUUUAACCGUUAGUUUAGAGAUUAAACACUUAAUGCAUGAGUUCUUCGUUUAUGUAUAGUUGUUUAAGGAUCUUCACUUCAUAACUUUAAAAAACUUCAUUACUACACUCUGUUUGAUUACUGAGAAAACUGAGGAAACGAAAAGAAAUUACAUGAUUUUAGACUUGGUUUAUUGACUAUUUUGUUUCAUUUCUAAAAAUGAAAACUUUUGCUUUACUUAGUUUCCACACCAAAUGCUUAUGGUAGACUGAUGAUUUCCAUUUUUUUUUAUGGCUCUUCAGAAAUGGAAAUUUGGUAAAGUUCUUUCCUUUCUCAUUCUGUUUUUGGUGCAUUUUCUGGGUUGAUGAAUAUUUUACUAUCUUUGUGCCUUCUUUUUUAAUUAUUUUCUUAAUGAUAAUUACGCAUAAUAGUUUCUUGAUAGCUUGUUUUUUUUUUCUUUUUCUUGUUAGGCCAUCUUUUAUUCUGUUUUGACAAAAUCAUACUUUCCUUUCGUCCUUUUCUGCUUUUUUGUUUCUCCUUUAUCUCUUCUCGUUUUUCUCUCCAGUGGGAAUUCAAAGUUUGUCAAACUCUCUCUCUGUCUCCCCCUCUUUGUAGAGUCUACUUUUAGUCUUUUAGAAUUAUGGAAUGUUUUUACCUUUUUUUUAAUGGGAUGAUCUCUAAAUUUCAAAUUUCUUUACAUGGUUUCUUUCCUAAAGCUUCUGCCAAAUUUUGAAAAUUGAAAAUUGAAAAUUUGAUCAUAGAUGUGUAGUUUGCUCUAGAAUCCAGCAUUCUCUGUGGAAACAAACGGACAUAACUUUUUCCUUGUUCUUUGUUUUAACCUCUUCUUCUGUGUGGUUCUCUUGGUGGAUUCAAGGUAAAGAGGACAGGAUUCAUGUUUCCUGGUGUGCUCUUGAUUUGUUGGCUUCAGUAGUUCUAUAUAUCUCCAACUGGUGUGUUAAUGUGAUUGGACAUGAGAACAGAGGAUUAUGACAACCUUUUUAAGCAUAUUCUAUUCCAAGCUGGUUUCAUUGUCGAUUUACGUAAUCUCCACCAGAUUGUCAUUGACUAAAAUUAAAAAGAUCCCAGUUUUCUAUAUUGAGAGGUUGAGGUGUAAAGUGACCUGUGGUUUCAUGGGUGGGAAUCUUUGGUGUUUGAUAGUCUUUUUCUUGGUUGACCAUUCUAGCAAAAUUUGGAGUUUCAUGUGAGAUCUGUUCUGUCAAAAGGAGGAGUCUUGUUCAUUAAACACACAGUGCAGAUGUCUUCUUUCUGCUGUUGAACAAAUGGGGGCUUGUGUCUCAACUAGUAGCCGAAGUACUUGUAGUAGUAGUAGAAGCAAUGGAGAUGCAGUUCCCCCUCCAUGCUUGGGAAUUGGAUUCUGUGGGCAAAAGAAAACUAAAAGAACAUUCUCUGAUCACAUAGCUGCACUGCAGCAUUUACCCUCUAUACCCAACAGGAUUUUCACCAAUGGAAAGAGCCGAACUUCUUGUAUAUUCACACAGCAGGGUCGCAAGGGCAUAAACCAGGACGCGAUGAUUGUCUGGGAAGAUUUCAUGUCAGAAGAUAUGACAUUCUGUGGUGUGUUUGAUGGCCAUGGUCCACAUGGCCAUCUUGUUGCCCGCAAGGUGAGGGAUGCCCUGCCAAUAAAGUUACUGUCAUUCUUGCACUCUAAUCAAUCAAAGCAAAAUGGGUCAGGUCAAACCUGUUUUAAAGGGAACUCAAAGAAAUCAGAUGUUCUAGACUCUGAGAAAGAUGGACCCACAGAAGAUAAACUGAAUUCUGCAUGGAGAGAAGCAUUCCUCAAGUCCUACAAGGCCAUGGACAAAGAGCUGAGAUCCCAUCCUAAUUUGGACUGCUUCUGCAGUGGUAGCACUGCUGUCACUAUAGUAAAACAGGGCUCCAAUCUUUUCAUGGGAUAUAUUGGAGAUUCUCGUGCAAUAAUGGGAUCCAAGGAUAACAAUGAUUCUAUGGUUGCAAUCCAGUUGACUGUUGAUCUGAAACCUGAUUUGCCAAGGGAAGCAGAAAGGAUUAAGAGGUGUAAAGGUAGGGUCUUUGCAUUGCAAGAUGAACCUGAAGUACCAAGAGUUUGGUUGCCAUUUGAUGAUGCCCCUGGCCUAGCAAUGGCACGGGCAUUUGGGGAUUUCUGUUUAAAGGAAUAUGGGGUGAUCUCCAUACCUGAAUUUUCUCACCGCCUACUUACAGAGAAAGAUCAAUUCAUUGUUCUUGCAUCAGAUGGGGUUUGGGAUGUUUUGAGCAAUGAAGAGGUGGUUGAGAUCGUAUCGUCAGCCCCGACGAGGUCAUCAGCUGCGAGAAUCUUGGUGGACUCAGCUGCUCGUGAAUGGAAGCUCAAAUACCCAACUUCAAAAAUGGAUGAUUGUGCAGUAGUUUGUUUAUUUUUGGAUGGGAAAAUGGAUUCAGAAUCUGAUUAUGAGGAACAGUGCUUUUCUUCUGCAACGCUCCAAAGCAACCAUUCUGGUAAUGCAAUUGAAUCAGAUGAUGGCCAGAAAUCUGAGCCAUGUUUGCAAAGGAACUUUACUGUGAGAUCAUCAGAAGAAAAUGACAAUUAUGGAAAAUUAGGAGCUGAAGUUGAUGGAACUGGGGAAACAGUGACAGGUGAAGAUCAGAGUUGGUCAGGUUUGGAAGGGGUCACAAGGGUGAACUCCCUUGUUCAACUUCCAAGAUUUUCUGAGGAAAGACCAAACCCAUAAUUUUGUUGUUUAUUACAGAGCUACAAAUGGGGCUGACAUAAUUGUAAUAUUUUGGCUUUUUGAGCCUCACUAAAUUUAAGAAAAAUCUUAGGCUGGUGGAAUUUUCUCAGAAGUUAUGGGGCAGGUAAAUUGUUGUCACCCCUUUUGUAUUGCUGUGCAUUACAGAAACCUUGCAAAACAGCUUUCAUCAAGAAAAUGAACUGAAUCAUUAUAGUUGUGUUAA